AUGUUCAAUUCAUCGGUAUUUAUGUAUUGUUUGUACUUCUGUGCUUUAACUCCAUAUUUAGUUUCUGCCAUGACAGCUGAACAGAAAGCUCUAAUUCAUGAGCACUUUGAGACGAUUGGUAAGUCUUGUAACAAAGACAGCACCAUGAUAACAGCUGAGGAUAUCGCCAAUCUCCGAGCUAAGAAGAUCCCGACUGGUCCCAACGCUCCUUGCUUCUUGGCGUGCAUGAUGAAGCAAAUUGGUGUUAUGGAUGACAAUGGCAUGGUGCAGAAAGAAACCGCCCUCGAAAUGGCUAAAGCGGUAUUCGAUGAUCCAGAAGAAAUCAAGGCAAUCGAAGAUUAUCUGCAUUCCUGCUCACACAUUAACACUGAAUCGGUCAGUGAUGGUGCUGCUGGAUGUGAGCGCGCUAUGCUGGCGUAUAAAUGCAUGACAGAGAACGCUUCUAAGUUUGGCUUCGACAUCUAA